UCCCAAAGCAUCCCGCCUUUUCAAACUGCAGAGUAAUUAAAAUUACAAAAUCAAAAUGGUUUCGCGAACAGUGAAAGCUUCUUUUCCAUCAAAGAUCGAACGCACUGUCGCCUCCGCACUUCUCCUCCUCUCCUCCUCCUCUUCAAUGUAAAUUCUAUCAAAACUGAUAAUUCAUCCAAAUCAUUCUCUAUUAUGUUUUGCGUUUUUAUCAAACUUGAUUGAUUAUCGCUGUUGUACUUGUUUAUUUGAGUUUCUUCAGAGGAAGCUGCAGUUCUGAGAGCUUCAUGAAUCCAAAACUCUCGAUUUCGAAUUCGAGCAAUGGAAUUUCGAGCACUGUGAUGACUGUAGAUGAUGAAUCAUCGACUGCAACAGCGUCAGCUGGAGAUCCUAGGCUGAAGAUCGUGCGAAAGAAACGUUCGAAGAGCAUCUGGAUCUCCGAUUGCAAAAAACUGACUUCCGGCAAGCUAGAAAUUUUGCCCGAUCAGGUGCCGGAAUCUUCUGACUCUGCGUCUGAGAUAAUUAUGACUGAGGUUUCAUCAUGCUUGUCCAGUGGCUCCAGUUCUGUUUCCAGUGCUCAAAGCUGCACCAAUGUUUUUAGUGUUACUGACAAAUCGAGGAAACCAGUUGGCUCAAAUCAUAUGGGACACCGAGCUGAGGCCAUACUUAGGGUUCUAUCUGUUGGGAGUGCUUCUGAAGUGAAGAUCCGUGAAUUGCUUGGUGACAGCCCUUCCACCAGCAAAGCAUUAAGAAUAGGAAGCUGCAGUUCUGAGAGCUUCAUGAAUCCAAAACUCUCGAUUUCGAAUUCGAGCAAUGGAAUUUCGAGCACUGUGAUGACUGUAGAUGAUGAAUCAUCGACUGCAACAGCGUCAGCUGGAGAUCCUAGGCUGAAGAUCGUGCGAAAGAAACGUUCGAAGAGCAUCUGGAUCUCCGAUUGCAAAAAACUGACUUCCGGCAAGCUAGAAAUUUUGCCCGAUCAGGUGCCGGAAUCUUCUGACUCUGCGUCUGAGAUAAUUAUGACUGAGGUUUCAUCAUGCUUGUCCAGUGGCUCCAGUUCUGUUUCCAGUGCUCAAAGCUGCACCAAUGUUUUUAGUGUUACUGACAAAUCGAGGAAACCAGUUGGCUCAAAUCAUAUGGGACACCGAGCUGAGGCCAUACUUAGGGUUCUAUCUGUUGGGAGUGCUUCUGAAGUGAAGAUCCGUGAAUUGCUUGGUGACAGCCCUUCCACCAGCAAAGCAUUAAGAAUGUUGCUGAAGCUAGAGGAGGUAAAGAGGUUUGGCGCGGGGGGUCGUGGCAAUCCCUAUAUUUACAUGAUAGCAUGAUCAACUAGGAAGUGUAACAAUCGGCUGUACCAAGUCUGGUGAAGCAUAACACGAUAGGAAGAAUUUUGGUUUGACAGAAUUAGGGCAAGAUAUAUAGUAUAUAUAUGUAUACAACUUCAUGUUGCUAUUAUUGUUUAGCAAAUACGUAUAUAAAAGAUCAUGCUUUGUAAUAGAACAAAGUUUCUUACAGUUGCACCUUGUGCUUUUAUUAAGUUCUUUAAUUGUAAAUGUCUAGUUUAAUAAUAGUAAAAUGGUUUAAGGCAUUUAUCACUUGUUCCCCUGUCAAAACUGCCUUGAUGCAAUGUGAUCCAAAUUUGACUUUCUUCAA